AUGGCAAACAUUGCUUCGAAAGGAUAUUAUAUCACAGGAAUAAAUAAUGUUAACGUACGUCUAUAUCCGCAGGUACUUGGCAUUUACAAAAUACACGAACAUAACCUUUGCAACGCACUGAGAGACUUUGGGCUAAUUAUCAAGUCUGAUAGUCGGCGUAUUCUCCUCAACUAUAGCUAUGAUUUUUUGAGAUUUUUACACCUCAUGAGACCUAGCGAAGUCUGUAUGAUCGCCCAUGGUUACUCACUACUCAAACUCGAUGAUAGAAAUUGGUGGAACUCAUUCACUUCAAUUUCAUCCCAGUCGCUUUAUGACAUUGACGGGAAGGAAAUCGCAGGUCUGCUGUACAGCCUAUCAAGGAUAUAUUCACAAAAAACCAAUUUAAUUGAAAGAUUAAUUGACGAGUCAAAGUCAUGGAUAAACCUGGCAUCGCCAAUCUCACUAUCACUGUUAGUUAAGGUUGUGACUCACUUCAAGUGCGGCUCUGAGAUAAUGAAGAUGCUAAAUUUGAGAUCAUUACAACUAAUUGAUGAGUUGAUGAUUGUAGAUAUUGUUUUUUUUCUGACAUCGAACGUUGAAUCGAAAACCCACGACAUUAAUUUCUUUCGACAAAUGUGUCUAAGAAUCAUAGAAUUAAUUGACCAGGUCGAAUUACAUCAAUUAAGAGCAAUAGCUGCUUCAAUAAGCAUGGGUGGAUUUAAAUCACAUAUAAUGUUCAACGUUUUGACAAUUAGAUUAUCGCAAAUUGCAACUAGUAAAAACCUUACAGAGAGUGAUGUCAUAUCAAUACUUUUGGCAUUCACCACUCAGAAGUUCCUUGCCCACAAUGACCUUGGCAUCGACUCUAAAACUUAUAAGAAAUUUCUUAAAGAAAACCCAACUUCAACCACUGAAAUCUUCAAGUUCCCCUUACCAGAAUUCGGGCCUGUAAUGGCAGACUCACUUUACAGAAAUAAGGAUAGAAUUACAUCGAACGGAAUGCCCAUAGUUUUUAGAGCAAUUUCCAUACUUGGAAUACCUAUAGAAGAUGAUUUUUUUAAUCAACUAGUGACUAGAACCUGUAAUUAUAUAGAUCAAGAUUUAUACAAGGGGUUGAAGCUUUCAAAUCUUGUAGUGACCUUUGUGAAGUUCAAAAGAGACAACUCAGACUUCUGGAAGUCAAUUCAUGGGACUUUAACUAGACAGAAUGACUUGCAGUUAACUGGAGAUCUAAUUUCCAAGAUGAUAAACACAAUUUCAACCAUAGAACGAGGGAGUUUGUCAGACAGUAAAUAUUUGGACAUGGUCAGAAACACUCUUAUCAAGAAUUGUGAAAGUUAUGCUUGUUCCAUGAGUGCUAAAUCUCUUUUGGCCCUAACCAGACACUUUUCACUCUCAAAUCAAACUGAGAUGCUCUGUUCAGAUGAAUUCAUGGACGCCAUUAUAAGCAAGAUUAACGAUUUUUCACUUUCAGAUUUGACAAGAAUCCUGAAAAGUUAUACUAGUUUAGACAAAUCUAAUCUUAAUCAAGCCAAAAUUGACAUUAUGGCUAGUAAAUUUGAGGAAAGGAUUAAUACGGAAAAAGCCUCUAACAACUUGGAAUUAAACAAUCUGGUUCAAAUUUUAAGGUCAAAACCAGAAAAUUGUCCUUAA